AUGGCGGCGAUGUUAAGCGACGCCCCUCAGCUGUUGGCGUAUCGGGAGCUGCUGCACCGGUCACCACAGCUACAGAGCAUGCUUAGUCUGCGCUCGUGCAUCCAGGAUCCCAGCUCUGCCCUCCAGAGAGGAAUACUCGAACCACUGGACGCUCUCUGCAGAGAGAGGCAGUUGCAGGUAGAUGGGGCGGGGCUUAUUAUACUGAUCGAUGGGCUGAACGAGGCAGAGUUCCACCGGCCGGACUACGGUGACACGCUGACUUCCUUCCUGUCCCGAAACAUCCAAAAAUUUCCUUCCUGGUUGAAGGUCAUUACCACAGUCAGGACCAGUCAGGAGGACAUCACGGGUUCUCUGCCUUUCCAUCACAUCUCUCUGGACAGGAUGGAAGAAAACAAUGCCAUAGACCAGGACCUGCAGGGUUACCUGAUGCAGCGGAUCCACAGUAGUGCAGAGAUCCAGAGCAAUGUAUCGCUGAGCAAUGGCCGCCUUGACAACACAGCGCUGGCCAAGCUGAUCAGCCACCUGAAGAAUCUGAGUAAAGGAUCGUACCUGUACCUGAAACUGACCCUGGACCUGAUCGAGGGAGGAUACCUGGUUCUAAAGAGCUCGAGCUUCAAGGUGAGGCUAGAGAAGGAGGAAAGUAAAAUGACAGAUCAGUCAGUCGGUCAGUCAGUUUUAAUAGAUAAUUACUUACCUACUUUGUAAUUGUUUUGGUUAUUU